ACACACACACACACACACACACCCCUUGAACACACUUGCACCCUGACCCCACUGACCCCUGCCGCCGUCGCCAUGGUGAUGUUGAAGCUGUCGUCGCAGAAGCUGGGCUUCUUCCUGGUGAGCUUCGGCUUCAUCUGGGGCAUGAUGCUGCUCCACUUCACCAUCCAGCAGCGCACCACGCACGAGAGCAGCACCGUGCUGCGGCAGCAGAUCCUCGACCUCAGCAAGCGCUACAUCAAGGCCCUCGCCGAGGAGAACCGCAGCGUCAUGGACGGGCCUUACGUCGGCACCAUGACCGCCUACGACCUGAAGAAGACUCUGGCUGUGUUGCUGGACAGCAUCAUGCUGCGUCUGGCGAAGCUGGAGACCAAAGUGGAGAACAUCCUCUACAACGGCACCGGGGGCAACCUGACCAAUGGCACCACCACCACCGCGCCCAGCGCUGCCAACGCUGCCAACGCAGAGAAGGUCAACGUGGCAGAUCUGCUGAACGGCGCCCAGGAGAAGUGUGAGCUUCCUCCGCUGGAUGGCUUCCCCCACUGCGAGGGCAAACUGAAGGUGAGCAUCACACCUUCACCUUCACCAUCAACUUCUUGUCAUGGUUCUCAAACCAUUCCUGAAGAGUGUUCUGGAACACCCCUGGGCCCUCGUUUUCCCAGAGGAGAUCUCCUGCCCCAAUCUGGGGUUCUGCUGCUGUUCGCUUCUUCACAGAGGCGCAGAGCAACGGAGAGAACUGAGAUGAGAGGAGACGCUAAAGGCAACAUGUGGAGGCUCAAGAACAGGAAUGAAGAAGAAGGGAAAGGCCUGACGGAGAUCCGUACGAGUUUUGACGAGCUGUAUCGGGUGAUGUCUCGGCGCGAGGAGUUCCGCUGGAUGAUGCUGCGGAUCAAGCGCAUGGCCGACCCCUGGGUCAGCGCCGUCCGCUCGCUCGCCGCCAAGCAGGACCUGGGCAACCGCAAGCGCAAGAAGAUCCUGGUUCACCUGGGCCUGCUCACCAAGGAGUCGGGCUUCAAGAUCGCAGAGAACGCCUUCAGCGGGGGACCGCUGGGGGAACUGGUGCAGUGGAGCGACCUCAUCACCACCCUCUACCUGCUGGGCCACGACGUGCGCAUCUCUGCCUCGCUGGCUGAGCUCAAAGAGAUCAUGAAGAGGGUGAUGGGGAACAAGUCCAGCUGCCCCACGCAGGGCGAUAAGGUGGUGGAGCUCAUCUACAUCGACAUCGUGGGUCUGACUCAGUUCAAGAAGACCCUGGGCCCCUCCUGGGUGCACUACCAGUGCAUGCUGCGAGUGUUGGACUCCUUCGGCACGGAGCCUGAGUUUAACCACGCCCACUACGCCCAGUCCAAGGGCCACAAGACCCCCUGGGGCAAAUGGAACCUCAACCCGCAGCAGUUCAACACCAUGUUCCCUCACACCCCUGACAACACCUUCCUGGGUUUCGUGGUGGAGCAGCACCUGAACGCCAGCGACAUCAGACACAUCGACGAAGUCAAGCGGCAGAACCAGUCCCUGGUCUACGGAAAGGUGGACAACUUCUGGAAGGACAAGAAGAAGUACCUGGACAUCAUCCACCAGUACGCAGAGGUGCACGGAACCGUCCACGGAACCAGCACCGUCCACCUGCCCGGGUACGUCAUGAACCACGGCAUCCUGAGCGGACGAGACCUGCAGUUCCUCCUGCGUGAGACCAAGAUGUUUGUGGGUCUCUCCUUCCCGUACGAGGGACCCGCCCCCCUGGAGGCCAUAGCCAAUGGCUGUGCUUUCCUCAACCCCAAGUUCACGCCGGCCAAGAGCAGCAAAAACACAGACUUCUUCAAGGGCAAGCCCACCCUACGAGAGUUGACCUCCCAGCACCCGUACGCGGAGGUGUACAUCGGCCAGCCCCACGUGUGGACUGUGGACAUCGAGAACCCACUGGAGGUGGAGAGGGCCGUCCGCUCCAUACUCAGCCAGAAGAUCGAGCCCUACCUGCCGUACGAGUUCACCUGUGAGGGGAUGCUGCAGCGGGUCAACGUCUUCAUCCAGAAGCAGGACUUCUGCCACGGCCAGGUGAUGUGGCCCCCCCUGAACGCCCUGCGGGUGAAGCUGGCGGAGCCGGGCCAGUCGUGCAAGCACAUGUGCCAGGAGGAGCAGCUCAUCUGUGAGCCCUCCUUCUUUCAGCACCUCAACACGGUCAAGGACCUGGCCAGGUUUGGUGUGGACUGCCAGACGGCGGAGUCGUCGGGGGACACGGUGGUGCCGGCGUACAGCGACGUGCGCAGACACUGCGUCCUCCAGGCGGACCUCCUGCUGUUCAGCUGCGCGGGCGCGCACCCCUCCCUCAAGCGCGUCUGCCCCUGCAGAGACUACAUGAAGGGCCAGGUGGCGCUGUGCCAGGACUGCUCAUAGCCCACACACACACACACACACACACACAUGUGUACGCACAUACACACACACACACACACACACACACACACACACACACACGACACGUGUGUGUGAGCCUCAUGCUAACGCAAAACACCUCCAGACACCAGCCCUGACAUCUUCUGCAGCACACACACGUUCAUACACACUCUCUCACACACACACACACACACACACACACACACACUCGUAUAAGCAGACAGUGUGAAAUCCCACAUUAAACAUGUGGGCAGAAGUGUGUUAGGCUUCAGAGGGGUGAACACGUGCCCACUUGGACCGCUGGCACAGGUGGUACAGGUGGCACAGGUGGCACAGGACUCCAGACGGGCGUGGGUGACAGCAUUGUCCUGAGCGCUUUACGUGUUACUCAACACAGCAGACUAGAACAGAGUAUUAUAGAGCUGCAGUCGAAGCCCUAGACUAGUGCAGGGUUACUCCACACACACACACACACACACACACACACACACACACACUUGAUGGACACAGAAACACAGACUUCUACAAGCCUGAAUAUACUUGAAACGGAAGAGGGUGUAUGUCCUGAGCAGAGGAACCUUGCUGGAAGAAGAAAUCUAGAUUAACCCUUGUCUGUAGUGCAGUAGGUUAAAGAUUACACACACACACACACACACACACACACACACACACACACAAAACACACUCAUACACACUUGCAGACACUCCUAUUGUCCGAAGAACUUCAUCAUUUGGGACCAAACUCACCGACGGGAGCAUGGCUACUCCAUCACCAACGGGAGCAUUGCUACUCCACCCUCUGCUCCAGCUCCAACUAACCAGAGACAGAUACGGACUGAAAGACUUUGAUCUCCAGUUGGACGCUCGAGUGGAAGUGUGUGUGUGUGUGUGUGUGAGAGCUCCGCUGUGUGAAGGAGAGCACCUCCACCACAGG